AUGCAAAAAGAAAGAGAGAUACGUUUCCAACAGAUAUCAAAACGGCAGCAAGUUUUUCAUUCAGCAAAAUCUUUGUCUGAUGAUGGUGUGUCUGAAGGUUGCAAAUCUUCUGUUAAGCUGAAGAGGGCUCCUCUCAGUCAAAAUCAACAAAAUCCCCAAAGCACAGAAGCUAAGGGAUCAAACCACUGCUCCUCCAAUGGAACAAGUGCUGUAGUUGACAAGAUUAAAUUGGGAGAUGAGGGUUGGAAGGAAAGAUUCUAUGCAGAGAAGUUUGAGGCAAAGAGUGAAGAUGAACGUGAUACAAUACGGAGACAUGCGGUUUCUAAAUAUGUAGAAGGGAUUUGUUGGGUCAUGCAUUACUACUAUGAAGGAGUUUGCUCUUGGCAAUGUUCAAAUGUUGAAAACUGGAUUAUUGAGGCAAGGGGCCCUAGCUUAGGGUUGAUGUUUUACUUGCCAAGUCAAUCAGCAAAGAACUAUGACAUCAUGUUCUACCCUUAUCAUUAUGCACCAUUUGCCUCGGAUUUCUAUGGCUGUGGUCAGUUAGAAAUUCAAUUCACUCUUGGGGAACCUUUCAAGCCUUUUGAUCAAUUAAUGGCUGUGUUGCCUGCUGCAAGGAAACUGAUGACAGAUGCAUCAUCGCCAUUAUUGGAUUUUUACCCUACUGAUUUUGAGCUUGAUAUGAAUGGAAAACGGUUUUCCUGGCAGGCUAUUUGCAAAUUACCAUUCAUUGAAGAGUCCCGCCUUCUUUCAGAGAUCGCAAAAGUGGAGCACAUGUUGACAGAUGAAGAGAGACAGAGAAACCGUUUGGGUUAUGAUUUCCUGUGCAUUCAUGUUUCACAUCCUUUGGCAGUUAAGAUAAUUUUUCUUUCUGAGUGCGAAGAUCAGUCAACUCUGCCCAAGGCUAAUGCCAAGCUGAAAAUUGACCCAAAAAUCAGCGGUGGAAUGAAUGGAUACGUUUACAUUUCUGAUAAACUGGAUUGGCCACUAGAGAUUCAUUCACCAAUUGAUGGCAUGCCGACCAUUGUGAGAAAUCAAGUGAUAUCAGUCUUCUAUGAAUACCCUCCAUUUCAUUCCCAUAUUCCAAGGUUACCAGAAGGAGUGAUCUUGCCUAAGAAGUCUGUGACCAAGUGCAAUAUUCUGCAAGCAAAUCAUUUAUGGCAUGACCCAGCUGUUUCUGGACGUGUAUCUUCUAAAAGGCAAAUCCCCAAGUCUAUCUCAGGCCCUCAACUGGCAAAAUUGGCUCGUCGACUUGUGUCUACGUAUAAUAAUUCCUCAAAGCACCUGGGCAUCCACAGAUGUGCCAAACCUGGUUUCCCUCGGGAUGCAGAUAGAAUGGGACAAAUGAGAACACAAGUGCAGACCAAGAAAAGGAAAUGGGGUAAAAGCAAUCGAAACCACCUUGAUGGUAGAUCUAAAGAAAGUCGAGGGGGUAAAAAUGAUUUUGUCCCUAUCAUCGAUGUCAAGAAAUUGGGGAGUUCUAUUCUUAGGCAGCGGAGGAAAAUCUGUGGUGACAAUGGCAGUGCUGGUGUAGAGGAAAUUAAAACAGAUAAGUCUAAAAAGAGGAAAAGGAGAUCUAAGAAAACAAAACAUAAGCAAGGUGCUGGUAUACCUGAUGGUGUUGAGAAGCCAGAAAGCAGCAUUAAACAGCAGAUAAACAGUGAUGAUAAACCUGCAGGUGCAGAUGGAGAGAAUGAUAACAAAGAAGCAAAAUCAAGGAAAAGACAAUCCAGAAAAAGAAAACAAAGAAAUAAAAAAGGGAAUCAGGAUAAUGGUGAUGAUGUCCUAAGCAAAAAAGCUGAGAAUUUGGGCAGCUGCAACCACAUCAGGGAACUGCCAAGUUGCAUUCUUCAGGAGCAGAGCGGAGGGGAUGUUCAUGCAGGUGGAGUUGGGGCAUUGGAAUUGAAAACUGAGGUAAAAUUCAUGAAAAGGAAAAAAAAUGAACCUGAUGGUAUCCGAGUCAACAAUGUUGAAAAAUUGGAGAGUUGUGCUCUUGUGGAAAAAAGAGGGGUGGAUGUUCAUGCAGGUAGAAAUGGGGCAUUGGAAUUAAGAUCAGAGGUCAAAUCCAAGAAAAGGAAACAACGAUCUAAGAAAAAGAGAAAGAUCGAAGCUGAUGGUAUACUCAUUAACAAUGCUGAAAAAUCGGAGAGUUGUGCUCUUCCAGGAACCUGCUUAUUUUCCACAUCUUGA